GCAGGGAGAGGAGAAGCAAAGAGAGAAAGGUGGUAUAGCCUCCAUCAGGGCAGAGAAGAUUUAUUUAGGACAGACAGAGAAGUGAGAGCCUGGGAAGGUGCUCACUACCAGGUCUAUGAAGAGACAACUUGACUAAGCAGAAUUAUUCAGUGCAGGGAUCAUACUGCCGUGGAGUAAAAAGAGAGAAAAGCCAUCAUUUUAUGGUGCAAGCAGAGACAAGGGUUAGAAAUUUUAGGAGUUGACUCAGAAAUCCUAGGAGUUGAAUGACAAUGAAGCUCGAAGAAAAGUGUGGGCAAAACGGGAGCCUUGUGAGAAGGAGUCAGCCACACCUGGGUGAGGAGCAUCAGGAAUGCGGGAAAGCUGUGGCAAGUGCAGGUGCUGAGGACCAUGUGAAGCAGGAGGCAAAUGGGAAGCAGGGAGUUCCCAGGAAAAGCCUCAACACGUACACCUGGCGGGAGAUCCAGAGACACAACCAGGAGGCUGACCAGUGGCUGGUCAUCAACCGCAAGGUUUACAAUGUCACUGGCUGGGCAGACAGGCAUCCAGGUGGGCGCCGGGUCCUCACCCAUUAUGCCGGGGAAGAUGCCACGGAUGUCUUCAGGGCUGUACACCCGGAGCUUGAUGUUGUGAACUUGUACCUUAAGCCACUGCUCAUUGGAGAGCUUGCACCAGGAGAGCCCAGCCAGGAGAGAAACAAAAACUCCGAGUUGGUGAAAGAUUUCCAAGAAUUGCGGAAGACAGUAGAGGCUAUGAACAUGUUCGAUGCCAACCUGGGGUUCUUCUUCCUCCACUUAGCCCAGAUCUUGAUUUUGGAAGGCCUGGCUUGGCUAACACUGUAUCAGUUUGGCAGUGGCUGGCGUGUUACAAUAUUCAUCACCUUUCUUCUCAUAAUUUCUCAGGCUCAGAGUGGAUUUUUGCAGCACGAUGCAGCACACCUUUCCAUAUUUAAGAAGUCCAAGUGGAACCAUCUGUUGCACAAAUUUGUGAUGUGCCAUCUCAAGGGCCUGUCAGGAAACUGGUGGAAUGACCGUCACUUCCAACAUCAUGUAAAAACAAACAUCUACCCCAAAGACCCGGAUAUCAACAUGGGUCCGCUUUUUCUGCUUGGAGAUUUGCAACCUGUCAAGUAUGGCAAGAAGAAAAUCAAAUACAUCGACUACAAAAAGCAGCACCUGUACUUCUACAUGGUUGGGCUCCCCCUCCUCAUGCCUGCAUAUUUCAACGUGAAAUCCAUGGAAAUGAUGUACCUUAGAAGAGACUGGGUGGACAUCGCCUGGGUUAGCAGCUUUUAUAUCCGACAUUUCAUCACAUUUGGCCCUUUCUAUGGAAUCUUUGGAGCCCUAUUGCUGAUAUAUUUGGUCAAGUUUCUUGAAAGUCCCUGGAUUGCAUAUGUUACCCAGAUGAGCCACAUACCAAUGAAAAUGAGCACAGAGGAGAACCAGGACUGGCUCAGCACUCAGGUCUUGGCCACCUGUAAUAUCGAACAGUCCUUUUUCAAUGACUGGUUCACUGGGCACCUGAACUUCCAAAUCGAGCACCACCUGUUCCCCACAAUGCCACGCCAUAAUUAUCACAAAGUGGCACCUCUGGUGAGGUCACUGUGUGCCAAGCACGGAUUACAGUACGUGAAUAAGCCCAUGUUGAAGGCGUUUGGAGAUAUUGUCAGGGCUUUGAAGAAAUCUGGGUCUCUCUGGAAGGAUGCUUACUAUGAAACAUGAUGCAUGCAUGCAAUUGCAUCUCUGAAAAGGGUUGGUGGAUGUGCAAGAGCCCUUCCCUGCUGAACUGGGAAUUAAUUAGCACCACUGGCACAUCUGAGUGUGCAGGAAUGUGAAUCCCAAGGACACCUGAUGACUCCUUCCCUGAAAGUCUUCUCUGCAAAUAAGAAGCCAGGAAACACAAGAUGACAUUGGAAAGGGUGACAAAAAGGAAAUGGGAGCCCAGUGUUUUUAUUUGUUCAUUAGUAUUUUAAACAAGA